GAGACCACAGCUCCAUACUCUCCCCUCAUCAUAGUUCACGAAAUCCCCACUCCAAGGAGAAGCCGUAGCCACCAUCUUCCAUCAUCCUGUCGUGCUCUUGCUUUGAAGACGCCUCAAGCUUUCUUGGAGAAUAUUCAAAGGUAAUUUUGUGCGCUUAAUUCAGGCGUACCAAUUUUUGGCGCCGUUGCCGGGGAUUGAAAAAUCCCUAGCAAGUUGCAUUAAUUAUUAUUUUUUAAUUAUUUUUGUAUAGUGCUUUUAAAACGUGUAAAAUAUUAACUUUGAGUUCUAGUUUAAUUUUAAGUGUGAAUCAUAACGGAAUAGGUGAAGGGUUCUUUUGUUAAUUCUUGUCUUAACCCCCAUUGUUCAGCUAGAUUCAUCUUAGUAAGAUACGGUGUCUAGGCUGAUUGGAUACGAGAAGUGCUAGCAAAGGGUCUCGUCCCCUGCUAAACAAGUGAGCUGAGCUCCGCCAAAAUCGUUCCUCUACUACCUGGCCGUGUCCCAAUAAGAGUUAUCGAAUGCUUUGGGUUGAGGGCGACAAUUAUUAACAUUUGAAACAUCUUGGGCCGCAUGUCCAAACCUUGAUUCAAACUUAAUCUCAAACUUUUUCUCUUCACAUAAACCAACGUGUAAUCUAACUUAAGAUAGUGCUUUUCUUGAAAUUCAUUGUCUUGUUACACUUGUUUUUCAUUCCAUUACUUCUUACUAACUUCAAUUUUUGUUUUGUCUCUCAAUGUAAUGCUGCAUCAAUCUUACAAGGUGUGUUCCAUAUGCUCCAUGGUUGGUCAUUCAGCAGAGACAUGUACAAGCAUCCGGUAUGGAGGAUACUAUGGUCAAAAUACCAUGCUUGGAGGAUUUCAAGACAACCAAGGGCAUUGGAAUAAUUACUAUUCACCUCCAUACAGUCCAGCAUGGGAUAACUCUCCAUAUUCUUCAUGGAACAACAAUCCAAAUAUGCAGCAAGGAUCUUUCAAUGCGUUUGAUGCUUCCCUAUGUUCAUACCAUGAUUAUAGGCCACAAGCACCUCCACCUCAAAACUCAGGUAUGGCUAAUAAUUAUGAUGAGAUGAUUAAGGCUCUAAAUGCUGCAACUCAAGCUAUGAUUCAGGAACAGCAAGCUUUGGAUGCUUCCAUACAGCAAGCUCGUGAGAAUGGUGAUGAUUGGGCAGAAACUCAAAGGCGUUGGGAGACCUUUAUAUCUCAAGAGCAACCUUCUACACUGAUGGUAACUUUAGAGGAGUUCCCAACAACUACGGCUUUGGAUCAGCCUCAAGAUGAGUUCAAUGAUUCAAGCUAUGUUGAGGAUGAAAUAAGGGAUUUGGAUGAGUCUUAUGAAGAGCAACGCAAUGUUGAGACAUGUGAGGACUACGAACUAUGUUGCAUAACCGAGCUUGAAAAAUGGGAAAUGGAAGAUCCCUUUGAUGAUGAUGAAGAUGAAUCCUAUCAAGGAGGAAGUAAGGAUGAGCUUCAUGCAAAUGUGUCCCAAGUGCCUGAAACAAUCAUGUUACCUUAUGAAGAUCCAAAAUCUUACGAGACCAUAAUGGAGGAUUGCUUAAAAGAGGAGUCCAUCAAGGCUUCUACAUUUGGACCUUUAUUGCUAGCACAUGGAAGACCACAUGAUUCUUCAGCGCCUCAUUCAAGCUCUACACAUGUUCUCCCCAUCCAAGCAACGUUUGAGUUUGUUGAUCAUGCGGAGAUGGUGAUAUGUGAGCACCUCAAAUCUGAUAAGGAGGUCAUUCUUGCUGUGAUUGUUAAACUUAAGAAAAGAUGGAGACAACGGAAGAGGAGAAAGGAAAAGAGGAGCAUCAAAUCUCAUUUUUCCAUUGCUCCCAAGUUACCUAAGUUACUUGCAAGGGACCAUGCAAUAUCUUUGAAGAAGCUUAAGCAUCUAAUCGAACCGCGGCCUAAACCUCCUGAUUACACUUAAUUGGCAGUACACGUCAGGCUGAAAAGACGUUAAAUCAAGCGCUCGUUGGGAGGCAACCCAAACUUUUUCAUUUUUAAUCUUAUUUUUGUUAGUUCGUUUUAAUGUGUUUUGUGAGUGUGCAGGUGUAAACAUUAAGAAAGGCGAGGAAAUCUACACUUUGCAAUAGAGUGCCGGCUAUGCAAGCAGUCAACUUGGGCUUGCUGCAGUUUGUAGCCAAGAUGGAACCAGCAGACGUACUCAUCACUUCUUUUGGAGUCCAUAUUGCACGGAGCUUACGUUUUGGAAGUCAAGGCCUUGUGCCUUGAAGUUGGUGUUUAACUUCAGUCUUCUCCAAAGGUCGUGAGCAUUGGGAGGUCUUCAAGGGGGAGCUUUUCUAUAACCUUUCUUAUCUUUCUACUUGCCUUCUUUUGGAUUUUCCUUCUCUAUGCUUUUCUUGUGCAUUGUGAGUUAUAUUGUCAUACAUUGAGGACAAUGUCUAAUUUAAGUGUGGGGGAGGGAAAUACAAAUUUGUCAAUUUGUUUUUGAGUCAUAUAUUUAAAAAAAAAAAAAA